GUAUAUAAACCGACAGCGCGCCUCAGCAGGGAGAGUGAGAUCUCUGAGAAUAAAACCAAAACUGCUGCUAUUUACACACUGACAAAGAAGAGACGUGUUUAUAUCUGCUCUUACGUUUAUCAGAAGGCAGGCAUUGUACCAAAGGAAGUUCGCCGUUUAUCACAUAUCAGACAUCAAUCAUGAAUGCAAACCGCUUGGCUAUCGACAUUCUGCUCUUGUGUAUAUCCUGUGGAGCAAGUGCCCUGGCAGCCUUCAAUCCCAGUCUGUCUUCAUCUGCUCCAGCGAGCAAUUUCACUGAUACUGCCUCCGCGCCUCCCAAAUAUCUCACCGAGGCUGCGAACCUAGCCAAAACCAGAAGGAAGCGUUAUAUUUCCCAGAAUGACAUGCUUGCCAUUCUCGAUUAUCAUAAUAAAGUCAGAGGAAAAGUCUUCCCCCCAGCCUCAAACAUGGAGUAUAUGGUGUGGGAUGACACUCUUGCUAAGACAGCAGAGCAGUGGGCCUCCACAUGUAUUUGGGAUCAUGGUCCUCAAAGUCUUCUUCGAUUUCUGGGUCAGAAUCUUUCAGUCCGAACAGGAAGGUAUAGAUCCAUUUUGCAGCUGGUGAAGCCCUGGUAUGAUGAAGUAAAGGACUACUCUUUUCCUUACCCCCGAGAUUGCAAUCCCAGAUGCCCCCUGAAGUGCUAUGGACCAAUGUGCACCCAUUAUACUCAGAUGGUGUGGGCAACCUCAAAUAAAAUAGGAUGUGCCAUCAACACAUGCCAUAAUAUGAACGUGUGGGGUUCUGUAUGGAAGAGGGCAACAUACUUGGUGUGCAACUAUUCUCCAAAGGGAAACUGGAUUGGUGAGGCCCCAUAUAAAGUAGGUGUACCUUGUUCCAUGUGCCCUCCAAGCUACGGAGGAUCAUGCAGUAACAACAUGUGCUUUCCUGCUGUGAACUCAAAUUACCUGCACUGGUUCAAAUAAACACAGGCACAUGCCCCAUCACAGAGACGCUCUCCCUCGUGGGAAUUUGCACAACAUUCCUGCAUCCCCCAUUUUGUACAUAUGGGCCAUAUAGGAUCACGGGUUGCAAGGCAGCAUGUUUUGUAUGUUUAUAAAUUAUUUUUACACGUCUAUACUUUGUAUUACUAUUAAUGUUGUUUUGUUUAUUAAAUCAUUUAUUGGAAAUAUAGGCUCUUUACUAAGGGGGACUCUACUGUGAUCAAUACAUAAUUGGUGCUUACGGUAUUCAGAGGAGAGCCAUAGUCUUAAUCGACACGACUCUUAUUAAGCCUUGUCAGCAAAAUUAGUCUAACAAUGUUUAUAUUUGCUGGCUAAGUGUAAUGGGCAUCUAGAACUGUAACUCUCAAGGUUGUAUUUUGCAAGAUUCGUUGCUGUACAGACAAUGGGGUGUGAUUAUCAGUAAUACUGUUUAAGUCCAAGUUAAACAACAGACCUUGGGUCAAGCAGCCUGUUUUGUUUGAUGUCACGUAUAAUAACCCUGAGGGUUGAUUUUAGGUGCUUCAUAUGAGAUAAUAAGCUCUUAAGCGGUACUGUACAUCACUGGCAUGACUGUUCUUCUCACCAGCGUCAUCUGUGAUGCUUUGGGUGUCUUUUAGGAUAUGUCCAAUUUCUAAAAGUAAUCUGUGUAAUUUCUUUUGACAUUAAUUUAAUUUGUCAUUUAUAGGCAAAUUUACCUAUAAAGUAUAAACACUUUUGGUGGUGCUUUCAAAUGGAGCUCGACAUAGCAACGCUGGUUCAACCAGUUAAAACAGUCUUUAUUUUUGUAAAAAUGUAAUGUGGCACAGAAAUGUCAAAAUGUGCUUGAAGAUCAUAAAUAUAGAUUAGAAGUAAAAUAUAAACCCUUUACAUUUGCGACCCCACAUUUGUUUUGUAAAACAAAUCAUUUAACAGGAUGGCUAAGCAUUCUGUACUCUGAUGGAAUGUUAAGACAGAUUAAUAUGAGAACGUGUUUGAUAUGUAAAUGCACCUUAUCUUCAUUUUUUAAAUUUCUAAACAUUUUUUUAUAUUUUCAAUAGUUGGGUUUAUUCAUGGUGAUUUUUACCUGCUGUGUAUACAUUUAUUUUAUAUUCACAAGUUCAUUGUCUGUACAAUGCAUGCGUAACAGUGGCACUCAGUUAGGGGGAAAUGUGUAUUGCAUUGAUAACUGUCUUUCAGUAACAAGGUAUUUAUCAUCUGAACUGUACUGUACAUAGUUUUUUAUACAAAUUAUUUUAAAUGGCUGUUUUAAUAUGAAGCAAGUGUUUUUGUUAUUUAUACCUGCCAUUUUGUGCAUCAUUGCAAAGAUCAGACAGCUUUCAAAUAACCCAUUACCAAGUUCAAUCACAUUCAUUUACGGUUUUUCUCGAAACAAGAGUUUUGUUUUAAGGUUUAGAAUGUAAAUAAACAAGGUUGAAACAAUUUUAAAUUAGACUUAUAAGCAAAGCAAAUUCAUUUCAACCAGAAACUAUUAUAAUUAAAGCAGAAACAUUAUUUGAAAUAUGUGUUCAACGUAUGAUUUCAAUUUCAAUUUAUAAUUUAUAUCCAGUCUGUUAAGGAUGUAUUUUGUAUU